UAUACACUCUAGUCAAUAUCCGGUUGUUUUUCACUCGUGGUAAAAAAAAUAAAACAGCAAAAAAGGCAGAAUGUAAGAUUGAUUCAAAGAACAUUUAUAUAAACACAAUGGCAGAUGAAGUUUCCCUGGAUUCAUCACCAAGUAUGACAGAUAUAGAGAGGAAAGUUCAGGAGCUCGAAGAACUUUUUAAAGAUAGGUACACGGAGAAUGAUGAGGAUUACAUGAAGACAGUAUCAUUCCCAUUACCUGACCCACCAUGUAUCAAAAACUGGUUUGUCAGGCAGCAGAGAGGAAACUGGAACAGAGGAGGAGGAGGAGGAUACAGAGGUUCUGGAGACAGACGAUAUGAUGAUCGUUAUAGAGACAAUUACCGUGGUAACAGAGAUUCCGGAGACAGACGUUAUGAUGAUCGCAAUAGAGACAAUUACCAUGGUAACAGAGAUUCAGGAGACAGACGUUAUGAUGAUAGAAAUAGAGACACUUACCAUGGUAACAGAGGUGGUUACCAUGGAAACCAAGGACAAGAUCAUCAUUCACAUAGAGGUGGCCGCCAUCAAAGAAAUGAUAAUUAUGGGAAUAGAGGACGACAUGAUCAGAGAUAUAAUCCUUAUUAACUUGUUGGCUGCCAUGUGAAUUUCAUGUUUAUCCACCAUUUUAUAUAAUUGUGCCGUAAUGAAUCAUGAUGUUGACCAUGUCAUUCUGUCCCAGAAAAGUUUGUUUUCAUUUCAAUUACAUAUUGUCAUACGUUGUUUUCUUUUUUGAGAAAUAAAUGUGAUGUUUUCUAAG